CUGGGUUGUGGUUGUACAUGGAGCUCUGCUCCUUUGAAAGUAAUUUUAAACCAGUGAGACUCAAAGUCAGUCCACAAUGAGAUUUCUCCUUUUUUUUGUGUUGGCCUUCACAAAUUUUCGAGUCAAAGCGGGUCCUUGUUUAGAAGAACAGCUGGGCUUCCGAAGAAGUUGUUAUGAGAUCGCUCGGCUGCCGCACGGGUUCCAGGAUGCGGAGAGCUGGUGUGAGCGAGGAGGGGGACACCUCGCUUUCAUCUUGGACGAGGAUACUCAGGAGUUCUUGCUGGGCCAACUGGAAGUGGAAAAAGACUGGUGGAUCGGGCUAGCUCCCUGGAAACAGAACUUAACACAGGAUGAAGUGACUACGGAAGGAACACUGGCCUGGCUGGAUGGAACAAGUGUGAUGUAUGGUAACUGGGCCCCAGGACACCAGCCUUCUCCAACAGCAACUUGUGCUUACCUCCUCCAGAACUCCAUGCACCAUUGGAUGAGUACAGACAACUGCAGCCAAGAACUUCACUUCAUUUGUGAAUACGAGUCGGGCCGAGCUUUUGCCUGUGAUCUCUUCAAUGCCACGCUGCAGUGCGAAUCUGGGGAGGUGAUUCAAAUAGGCGACAGUUUUUAUGGCCGCAAGUCUCCAUCUUACUGUCCCCCGGAGGAUGUAACCCCAACUGACCCUCAAGAAUGCAGCUGGAUCGAUGCAAGAGAGAAAGUGAAAGGUCAGUGCCACGGACUACAGGCUUGCCAAGUUAAAGCAGAUAAGACAUCCUUUGGUGAUCUUUGUCCAGGACUGGGCAACUAUCUUGUUGUAGACUACCAUUGCAAAGAAGGUCUCUAUUUGCUGGUUGAUGAUGUGUACAAAGUGCGAGAAAACAUCACUAUAUCUCACAAAUGGUUGCUGAAUCCAUAUUCUGGGAACCUCACCUGCACAGUCAACACUGGCGAUGGUGACGUAAUCGAGCCCUACAAUCCAUUGGAGUCUGUUACCAACAUAACUCACCAGUAUCAGGCUACAGGUCUCUUCACCAUCAGUGUUGAAUGCGCCACUAGUGAAUGGCAUGUGACAGCCCAGAAAAUGGUCUCAAUCCAACAGCCCAUCAGUGGUUUUGGAAUCAUCAAGUGCUUCAAUGCAAAUCAAACAGAAGAUUGCACCGUUCGAUAUGGAGAUCCACUAUGGAUUCAGCUUGUGGUUGAAGCAGGUACAAACGUAACCUAUGUUAUGUUAGCUGGAACAGUCGCCCUUCAUACAGUCACGGCCGUCCAGGGAACUGUCCCUCAGAAUGUCACAAUGGACAAUGCCACACAAGGGCUGAUAGGUGCAGGUGCACACCAGAUAACCAUCCUCGCAAAGAACAACGUCACAGCUCGAGAGAUAUCUCGGAAUAUUACAGUUCAGUUUGUGGAACCAAUCAAGGGUUUGCAAGCUACGGUAAACUCCGCAGUUUUGGAGCUUGGGAGCGAUCUGACGAUUAACAUCUCUGUGUCCCACGGAGCCCCAGUGGAGUUACAGUUUGAAUUCAUCGGUCCAAACGAGACCUUCUCUGAAUCCAUUGAGAAUCCUGAUGGUAAUGUGGGAGCCUACUGCCUUCCAAUGAACUCCGAAGGUGUGUUUCUGGUUCAGGGGAAAGCUGUCAAUGCUUUAUCUAGCAUCAGUUUUAAUGUUGGUAACAUCACUGUUGUGGCACGUACUUCGGCUCUGACACCUCAUGAUAAUGAUGGUAGAUUUUCUGUUUCUUUGGCAGCUUCAAGCAAUAAAACCAACGAUGGAGCUGACAUACCUUCACCACAAACCCAUCCAAAGACAGAAGCUGGUGAAACUCUCCAACUGGACUCUCUUCAAGCCAAGGUUACAGGUAGUCGUCUGGAGGCAGCAGAUCCAUUUUCUCAGCUGCUUCUGAGUGGGAGGAAAUCGAGGAACAAUGACGAGCAUGACUACAGUAAAAUGGCUUUCCAUUGGUCGUGUGGGGCGUGCUGGCCAUUGUGGAACAUCUGUACAAGGAGCGGCCAAAUGAACACCGACCAACAGGAUCUGACCAUCAUCCCCGCCUGCCUACCUCCACCUAACUCUUUCAUUUCUGUCAGGUUAACUGUAAGUGCUCCAGGCAAAACGAACAGCACAGCCGAGAAAUGCCUGGUCCUCAACAAGGGGGGCAAAAGAGGAUUGGAUGUCAGAGUCAGAUGUGAGAACAACUGCAAUCCUGUUGAUCCUUCAGAAAAUGUGACAUUGACUGUCUCUUGUCAAGAAUGCAAGAAUUCAAUCAAAUAUAAUUGGUACAGGGUUAAACCUUCUAACUCUCAGGUCAACCUGCCUUCUGCUUGUAACAUCAAACAGCAAAGUAGUGCUUUGGAAUCAUUGGCAUUGAUGAAGGAGAAUACAGACACUCUGGUUUUGGGGAAAGAGGAAUUGGCUAAGUAUGGUCCAACAUUUAAAGUGAGGGCAGUGGGGAUAAGUGGCUAUGGAUGUUACAAAUACAAUGAUUACAUGGUUAGUAUGGUGCCUCCACUGCCAGUGCCAUCCUGCGAUGUUUCUCCUAACGAAGGUUCAGCCGUCUCCACAGAAUUCAGCAUCAAAUGCACUGUUGCCUGUGGCUCAAACUCAUCCUGCAACUCUUCGGACCUUACCUACUGUUUCUUUGUGAAACCAGAUUUUCCUUUACACUGUGGAUCACAGCCAAUACUGCCACCCACAUACCUACCACUGGGAGACUCAAAGAAUAAUGACCAGCUGAAUAUCAUAGUGACCGUCAGCGAUGGGUUGGGAUCCUCAACUAGCGUUAUCAUUGCAGUGAUGGUUCAUGGAUUCUCGGACAUCGGAGAAAAUAAAGAUUUGGCAACACUCUUCUCGGAAAACUUAAUGCAUCUAUCAGAGAAAAAGGCCAAUAGUUCUUCUCUAAUCCGACUGUUUGAAUCUGUCUCUUCUGUACUAAAUCAGGAGGCUGGUACAGGAGGCUCGGACAAAUUGGCUCUGACUGACAAGAAGAAGUUAAGAGAAAUGAUGCUUUCGAACUUGGCCGUUGUGGAGGUUCCAUCAUUGCACAGAGUUCUUGAAGUUUCUGAAGUUCUAAAGCAGUUAACCGCCUGGUCCAAUGAACUGACAUCGACAUCACAGUUGGAAGCCAGUGCAACCCUGCAGAACAUGGGCGCAUCAUUGCUGACCGUUGGUGAUGAGGAACCAGAGAAAAGGAUGGUUGCAACCAAAAUCCUAUUUAACGUGGUAAACAAUGUACUGGAAGCCCUAAUAGAAACUGAUGAACAGGACAGCACGGCCACUGAUACACAAAGAGUGGUAUCGGAGAUGUUACUGGACACCAUUAACCAUCUGCAGGUCGUGGCGUUAAAUGAGGCAAUAGCAGACGAUGAACCUAUUCUCAUGACGAUGCCUUCAGUUAGAAUGUACCUACAGAGGCUCCCCGCUGAUAGCAUGGAAGGAGACUCGAUCCGUGUUUCAGAUCCGGCUCUGGUGAGCUUCACUCUGCCAGCAUUGCCCUGGCUGAGCUCAAGUGGCGACAUGGACUCAGUGGAUGUGAGGAUGGUGAGCUUUUCGGUGAACCCCUUCGCAUGGACGAGGAAGAAUGAGGUCUCUGGAGCAGUGAGCGGCCUGGUUCUGACAUCGUCGAAUGGCACUGUCCAUCCUGUCAGGGACCUGUUGGAGCACAUUGAGAUAAUACUUCCUAGAUAUGAUGUGACUCCUGAGAAUCGCACUGAAUUCAAGUUGGAAAAUGAGCUGAGCACCAUGCAAGUGAAUGUUACUGCAGAGAGCGGCACCCUUGGGUUUUAUCUGGAGACUGAGCAAGAUGUACCACUGCUCCUCUACUUGAGCUAUGCCACUGAGCCUAAUGACACCAGUUUCCUAGUUUCCACACAGCUACCUAAUACAAAGUACACUGGAGCUGCAAGAUACACCUGGCUUGUUCCUCUUGAUGAGUUGAUGUAUGGAGCAGGUAUUUACUACUUAGCCAUGAAGCCUAUCCCAGAUCUAAACUCUUCACAACUGAUGAACACAACUGUGGCCUUCACGUCGUUUGUAUCCCAGUGUGUUUACUGGGAUGAAGUUAACAGCAACUGGAAUUCAUCUGGGUGUUUGGUGGGCCCUCUAACUACUCUCAACAGCACUCAAUGCUUGUGCAACCAUCUCACCUUCUUCAGCAGCUCCUUCUUUGUCAUGCCCAAUGUGGUGGAUGUCAGCAAGACAGUAGAACUUUUUGCCACUUUUGUGGAUAACCCGAUUGUUGUUACCACUGUUGCCUGCGUUUUUGGCCUCUAUAUCCUCGCUGUGGCUUGGGCGAGAAGCAAAGAUCAGCAGGAUGUGACCAAAGUGAAAAUAACACUGCUUGCUGAUAAUGAUCCAUUUGCCCAGUAUCGCUACUUGGUGACAAUUUUUACAGGACAUCGUAGAGGAGCUGCUACCACUUCAAAGGUGACAAUAACGCUGCACGGCUCAGAGCGAGAGAGUGACCCCCAUUUCCUUACAGACGUCGGGAAACCUACAUUUGAGAGAGGAGGGGUGGAUGGAUAUCUGCUAACAACCUUAUUCCCCCUUGGGGAUCUUCAAAGCAUUCGAUUGUGGCAUGACAACUCGGGAUCCAACCCAUCCUGGUAUGCCAAUCGUGUAACUGUGCUGGACUUGGAAACAGAUCAACGUUGGAGUUUCCUGUGUAACUCGUGGCUGGCUAUUGAUGUUGACGAUUGUCUUUUGGACAAAGUCUUUCCGGUGGCAACUGAGAUGGACCUGAAACGUUUUAGUAACCUGUUCUUCAUGAAGACAGCAAAGGAUUUCCGAGAUAGCCACAUCUGGUAUUCGGUGUUGAAUCGUCCACCAAGAAGUCCCUUCACCAGGGUGCAGCGAGUUUCAUGCUGUUUCUCUUUGCUACUUUGCACAAUGCUGACAAGUAUUAUAUUCUGGGGAGUACCGAAGGAUCCUGCCCAGCAAAAAAUGGACUUGGGGAAGAUUGAAUUCACCUGGCAAGAGGUGGUGAUAGGUUUUGAGAGCUCGCUGCUCAUGUUUCCCAUCAACCUCCUUAUUGUCCAGAUAUUCCGGAACAUCCGACCACGAUCAAAGGGGAUGCAGGAAAAAAAGCAGGGCAAACACGGCCGAAUAUCACCUUCAUUGCCAUCCCCUCCCGCGAGUCUUCAAUCUUGCUCCCUCACACCAGAGGCUGUUAUAAAGAAUAUCCAAAGGAUUGCUAACUCUCUGACUAAAACACUGAAGAGCCCGCAACCAACACUGGAUAUGGAUUUGAAGAAAACAACUGAUAUCAAUAAACUUUUGGCAUUGGUUGAAAACAUAAUCAGAGAACAAAAUAAAGUCGAUGGUGAAUUUUAUCAUGAGGGUCGUAAGAAAGUGGAUACCCUCAUCCUCAGCCUGGGAUCAGUUGAUUUGCAAGAACCUGUGGCUGGCCCCGACUCUGAGAAGGGUGCGACUGACAAACAGAGGCGUAGUGAUUACAAUCACCACCUCUACCUGCAGCUCCAACGUGUGGAAAGUGAGCUUGGAUUCCUGGGAUCGAGCAAGUUCGAGAACCCCCAGAGCUACACGCAAGCUGUCCACCAGGUGCAACACAUGAAGGAUCUUCUCGAAAAUGUUAACUCCUGCUCCAGUUCUGUUUCAGAAAGUUUCUCUACUAUUCCUAGUCUUUCUGGAGACACUAAAAAGGGCCAUUGUUCCAAAGGGUUGCCCUGGUGGUUUGUCUUCAUUGGAUGGGGUUUAGUUGCAGCCUCCAGUGGUGUAUCUGCCUUCUUUACUAUGCUCUAUGGAUUACACUAUGGCAAAGACAGUUCGAUCAAGUGGCUCAUCUCCAUGGCUAUCUCCUUCUUUGAAAGUAUUCUGAUUACACAGCCUUUAAAGGUGCUGGGUUUUGCUGCUUUCUUUGCUCUGGUUUUGAAGAAGGUCGAACCUGAAGAUGAAGGAGAAAGCUCAAUUGACAGCCCCUUUCCCACUUCAGUGGUAGACCCGAGUGUUCUUCUGGCUGCUCGUAGGGACAGCAGCAGCAAUAUCUAUCAGCCACCACCUCAGAAGGAAGUGGAGCACAUGAAGAGGAACCUUGUUAAAGAGCAGAAAGUGUGUGGCUUGAUCAAGGAGAUAUUGGCUUAUUUUGGAUUUAUGUGGAUGUUGCUGUUGGUUGCUUAUGGACAGCGAGAUCCAAAUUCCUAUUAUCUCAACAAAGCCAUUCAAAACAGCUUCACCAGCGGAUUUGAUGACAUCUUGAGCUAUCAGUCUUUCUUCAAAUGGGCCAACAGUACACUUAUUUCAAACUUAUUUGGCUUCUACCCGGGGUUUGUCACUGACGGCAACUCGAAGCUGGUCGGAUCUGCCCGCAUUCGGCAACUGAGGAUAAAGAACAUUGGCUGCCGCAUACCAGCAAAGCUGAGGAGCACCGUGGAAGAAUGUCAUGGCCAGUACUCUUUGGAUAAUGAGGAUAUGUCUGUCUAUGGUCUUCACUGGAACAUGACUGCCGUUCAGAACUCCUCAAACCUGGAUUACAUCUGGCAAUACAAAAGCCAAAGUGAAUUGCGGAGUUAUCCCGUGUGGGGCAAACUUGCCAUGUACAGAGGCGGUGGCUACGUUGCAGAGUUGGGUGCAGAUGCGCAGGAUGCUUACAGAGUCCUUCAAUACAUGUUUGAUAAUAGCUGGCUAGACACCUACACAAGAGCCAUCUUUGUGGAAUUCACAGUCUACAAUGCAAAUGUGAAUCUUUUCUGUAUUGCCACGUUAAUACUAGAAAGUAAUGCUGUGGGGCCUUUCUUUACGCACGCCGAUUUUCAGAGUAUCCGUCUCUAUCAAUACACUGAUGGGCUGCACAUUUUUGUUGUUGCUGCUGAAGUAGUUUACUUCCUCUUCCUCAUCUAUUACAUGGUGAUCCAGGGCAAACUAUUGAAGGAACAGAAAUGGAAUUAUUUCAAAAGUAAAUGGAAUCUUCUGGAAGCAGCCAUUAUAAUGAUCAGCUGGAGCGCACUUUCUAUAUUCAUAAAGAGAACAAUUCUGGGAAAGCGAGACAUUGAAUAUUACCAUAAUCAUCGAUCAGGGUUUGUGAGCUUCUAUGAGACUGCUAUGGCAGAUGCAGCAAUGGGUUACUUAAUUGCCUUCCUGGUUCUCCUGGCAACUAUUAAACUAUGGCAUCUGCUGCGACUUAACCCCAAGCUCAAUAUGAUUACAUCUACAUUAAGAAGGGCAUGGGGUGACAUCUCAGGCUUCCUGACUGUCAUUCUGAUCAUGUUCCUGGCCUACUCUAUUGCGACUAAUUUGAUGUUCGGUUGGACUAUGUCCUCUUAUAAAACCAUAUUUGAUGCUGCAGAGACAAUGAUAAGUCUUCAAAUGGGGAUCUUCAACUAUGAAGAGGUAUUGGACUACAAUCCAAUUCUAGGUUCAUUUCUGAUCGGCUCAUGCAUCAUCUUUAUGACAUUUGUGGUGCUGAACCUUUUCAUUUCAGUUAUACUUGUGGCAUUCAGUGAAGAGCAGAAGAAUUACAAGGCUUCUGAGGAAGAAGAAAUAGUUGAUCUGAUGCUGACAAAAGUAUGCAGCUUUUUGGGGAUCAAAUCUAAGAAGGAUUCCUCAAAGUCAAGGAGCUAACUGCUGUAAACAUUUCGCAUUGCUAUCCAGCAGCAAAUACCGAUUUAUGUAAUAGUGUGCAGUUUGAUUUAAUAAAACAAUUUGUAGAUUUAAGAGUAUCUAUAUGGUAAUUAUAUGCUAUCCAUUAAUAUUUGGCUACAUGCAUGUGCCAUUGUCUUGUAUCAGUGUGUCUCAAUAAAGUAUAAUGAAAGUAUAAUAAAA